AUGGGAGGCGCGGGAUGGGCGCGCGGCGAAGCGCGCGUUGCUGAUGACUCGGACUUUGAAGCACUAAAGAAGCUCCUCGAAUCUGAAGUAGGCUGGACGCUGGAGUAUGAGAAGGAUGGUGUCAAAGUUUGGGCAGAAGACGCGGCACACGGCGCGCUUCGAACUGUCAAGGAUAUUUACACACCACCGGCAAACGAAGAAGACAAACCAUCUUGA